AUGGCAUACUACGAGCGCCGCUCUUAUGCCCCGCGCGACCGCCGCCAGGGUCAGGGGCACGAGGUGGAAUACUACGAGGAUCCUCGCUAUCGCUAUGAAAGAGACAUGUACCCCGUUGACUCGGUCGAGGAAAUCCCGCGGGAUUUCCCGCCCGGCGAGCGAUAUGUCUAUGAACGUGGUUAUGAUUCGAGGCGACCGAGGCGCCCUGCUUAUGAGGGGAUGCGCCGCUCUUCAUCGGUUAGUGGUCAUGAUCCAUACUAUGAUGGGUAUUAUCGCUCCUCGCGACCUCGACGUUCUCGUCCCGAUGAUCGCAGUGCACCUCGUCGCUCCAAAUAUGAUUCUCCAUCUCCCAGCCCAUCGCCAGUCCGACACAGACGCCGCAAGUCAUUAAGUGAACAUGGCUCAUCUCGCUACAGCAGCGACCGUGGUCGAGGCCGCGGCUCAUCCCGUCACCGUCGCCGCUCUUCUUCAUCCCGAUCUCGAUCCCGCAGCCGCGAUCGCGGCGGCAAAAAACGUGAACGCAGCGAACAACGUAUCGCUCAAGCUGCCCGUGCCGCGUUAACAGCCGGUGCUGUCGAAGCAUUCCGCUCCCGCAAAGAUCCAGGCGAAUGGACCGGCGCCAAGGGCAAGCGAGUUCUCACAGCUGCCGUCACUGCCGCCGGAACAGAUGGGCUUGUUGAUCGUGAUCCCAAUAAGCAUAGCAAGCGUCAUGUAGUUGAAUCCACGCUAGCAGGUCUGGCAGCCAACCACUUCAUGAACGGUAGCCGAUCUCGAUCUCAGAGCAGAAACGGUCGUGGUCGUAAGUCUAGCAGUGGUGGUGGUAUCAAAGACCUUGCUGCGUCGGGUGCACUCGCGGCGGCGGGUAAAGAGAUCUAUGAUCGCAUUUCGAGGUCUCGAUCUCGCCCUGGUGCACGGGGACGAGAUGAUUCCCGUGAUCGGGAUAGCGAUGAUGAUCGGCGUGGAACAAAGAAGCGCAGCAAGAGCGUCUCCGAAUAUCUCAGUAAGGGGAUGGCUGCGCUGGGCAUUGGUGCCGAAGGAGAAAAAUCAUCAAGAGAUUCACGCGAGCGAGGUGACCGGGGUGACAGGCGACGUUCACCUCGGGAUCGAGACUCACGAUAUGACAACCACUCCGAUUCAUAUUCCGACUCCGACGGAUACAGCGAUUCCCACCGAGGCAGCAGCAGCAGAGACAUGAAACCAAGCCGAGACAGCCGAGACGGCAGAGACAGAAACAGAGACAGAGAGCGAGGCUCGAGAGAUGUAGGUCGAUACCGUUCACUGAACGGAAGGAAUCCCAAUCCCCAAUCCCCCUAUAUGAAUAGAAGAUCAGUCAGCAGCGUACCGCGCGAUGACCCAAGAUCCAAAAAUGGCAACCAAAGCCAUUCCAGCUCGGAGAGUGAUUCUGACCUCGGCGAUAGUUCUGAUGAAAAGGAGAAGCACAAGAAGAUGAGGCGUGAAAUGCUGAUAACCGGUGGCUUGGCUACGGUUGCUACGAUCCAUGCAGCACAUAAUGUGCAUGGCGGCAUUGAGAAGCGAAAGAAGCGACAGGAACUGUUGAAGGAAGGUGAGAUUACAACGGAAGAGGCGCAUAAGCGCAAGAUCAAGGCCAAUACUUUGGAUGCGGUUAGUGUUGGGUUGGCGGCGCUGGGAAUUAAGGGUGCCUAUGGGGAGUGGAAGGAGGUGAAUGAGAAGCGUAAGGAACAUCAGCAUUUCCAGAAGGAAUGUGAAGAGCGAGCGAGAAAGAGGAUGUUGAAGAGAUCGCGCAGUCAGGGUCCUUCGCCGAGACAUCGGUGGCCUGAUGAGAUUGAGUAUGCGCCCUCUAGGAAUGAGUCUUUUGCGCAUGGUGCUACGAGUCGACCGGCACAGAUCUCGUAUUAG